AAGCCUGUAGGGUAGAUUAUGCUAAAUACUUCCCUGCCUUCUCUCGUAUAUUCAAAUACUAUUUAAAAUAGUGUCAUUACAAUAACGUAGAUGAAUAAAUAUGACAUGUAUGUCCUCUGUGUGCAGCUGUGUGCCGCUGGUCUGCAGCUCAGUCUGGGUAUAAAAAGGUUCAACGAAAGUUGCAGCAGGAAUAACGCGUGGAGUCCUGCAGCUUCCUGUCUGUCUGUCUGUCUGUCUGUCCUCCUGAGCAGACAGACAGGCAGCCGCAUCCUCCCACUGCGGUCUGAGGACACGGACUCUCCUGCAGCUAUGGAUGAGGAUCCCGCGCUCAUUAUUAUACCCGGCAGCUGGAACACUGGCACCGGACCCGAGUGUGAUCCUGCUGAAGCCCGCUGAAGACUGAGCGUGUUGGACAGACGGCUGCACUGACAGACAGACGAUGUUUUACAGAUUGAUUCUUGACGACGACCAGUUUACAGUAAAAAGACAACAGAAGAUGAUUUGAACCAGACAGAAUCAGAUUAGAUCCAGAUUAUGACUGAAUUAGAAGCCACGGGCGUGGGGGAGCAUCCCCCUCCCUACAUAAUCUUUGUGGUGGUCUUCCUCUUCUUCAUCACUGGCCUGAUGGGCUUCCUCGUCUGCCACCUGCUGAAGAUGAAGGGAUACAGAUGCAGAGCUGGAGACAUGGAUGCUGAUGAAGAGGAGGAGGAGGAAGAGAAACUUGGAGGCAUCGCAGACGAGGAACAUGAGGAUAACCAGGACACCGUGGACCAAAUCCUCAAGUGCAUCAUGGAGAAUGAAGCUAACAUGGAAGCCUUCAACGAGAUGUUGGGAAACCACAACGUGUGUGUGCGUCACGACCCCAGGCUGCGUCAGGAGUCUCUCGGUGGCGUUCCCCCUCAUCACCACACAGUUCACUCAGGCACAGAACACAACUCGUGCCACCUGUGUGCUCAGGGUCGAUCUAAGAAGGGUCGCAGACCGAGCAGAACCCCGCGGUCCAAACAGCGGCCUGGAGAACAGACGGUCUUCUCUGUCGGCAGGUUUCGCGUCACACACACGGAUAAGAAGCUCCAUGGAAGUCCCGGUCAAAUGGUCAGUUCAGGAGACAAUCUGGACCAAUCGCAGGACAGCGAGGAGCAGAAGGGCGGCGGCUACAACCUGAGGAGCAUGUUCAAAGACACCCGACCCGCCUCAGACACCGCCAAUGGGGCGGUGCCAAAUGCGGGGAAGAGGAGGAAGAGUGUGACCUUAUUUGGGCUGAGGCGAGGCAGUGACCCUGUCGCCAUUAAAGUCAUGGACACUGGAGCUAUGAAACUCGCUGUCCAGAAGCAACCUGUGGUGCAGGAGGAGGAGGUGCAGGAGGAGAACACAGUGAUAUCUACUGAUAAACCUGCUUUUAAACCUGAGAAACCAAAACAUCUCAUCCCAGGGUCCGUUAAUCCUCGCUCUUCCCAAGAAAAGAAAGAAUCCCAGGACUUUAGCUCUGGUCCUGAACCUGGUGUAGACCUCACCACCGGCUCUUCUUCUGCCCCGAGAUCGCUUUGUAUUUCAUCUCCCACGGAGAAAGUGAAACAUGAUGCAGAGAAGGUCUCUCCUGAUCCUGGACCUCUGCAGACAUCCACACCCAUCGUUGCCAUGACGGGAUCCAUCCCAGGUUUCACCCUGGUCCACCCCAGCAGUCAGUCUGAGUCCAGUUCCUGCACAGUGUUUCCAGUCACUCAGACUCCUCCUGACCCAGACUGCAGCCCAGACCUGGAUCGGGGCUUUGGUGCCAGCCUUGCUUUGAUAAGUUUAGGCUCCUCCCCUCAGUCUUCUUUCCCGAUUAAAACCCCAUCAUCUUCCUCUUUGUUAAAAACUCCCUCCUCAUCCCAGGCUGAGUUUUCCCCGCUCAACACUCCAAGCCCCAAACUAUCAUUCAGUCAAACUGUGUUUAAUCAAACUUUCUGUCAGACAGCUGCUCCAGUAGAGGGCGCUCUGUCACACAGUCUGCACAGUAACCCUAAACCUGACAACAUCCCAGACCAAAGAGCUUCACCUGCUCUGGCUGUGAAGUCCGGGAGCAAAGACGACGCGGCCUCCGCUCCACGAUCACCAGUGGGCGGAGCUUUGAAAGCUUCUGUUCUGUCCUCUCCCUCUGACAGACAGAGCAGUUUGUGUCUGUCCUCCUGCAGCCCAGGCUCCUCCUCCUCCUCCUCCUCCUCCUCCUCCUCCUCCUCUGUAGGCAGCAGAGUAAGUCAUGUGGCCAUCAUCAAAGCCAGUCCUGACAGCAAGAGAGAGUUCUCUGUUGUCACCAUGCUGGAGGAAGAAGAGGAAGAGGAAGAAGAAGAACAAGAAGAAGAAGAAGCCUGGACAUCAGUCAAAGACCAAACAGCAGAAACUCAUGAAGUUGAAAAGGUGAACGUUGAUCCAGCAGCUGGAGACAUGAGCCAAGAGAAAGACGACAUGGUGGAGAUGGAGGAUAUUAGAGACUGUAAGGUGAUGCAGGAGGAAGAGGAGGAGGAGGAGGAAGAGGACACAACACACCCUGGACUGAGAGGUGAAGACUCCAGAACCAUCAUGUGAUCAUAAAGACAGAAAUGUAUUAUAAUGAAGUAAUGAUGAUUUCACCACAGCAAUGAUUAAUAAUCACAGUUUAAAGUUAGGAAAUGUAAAAACACCAUCGUCUGACAGAAACUUUAUUAAUAUUAAUAAUAAUAACAUUUAAACAGUGUAAAAACCCGUUUGCUUUUUAACGUAAUGCUUUUUACUUUGGAUCAGCUGAUGAUUGACAGACGUCACACGACCAAACUUCAACACUUUCACUAUGAAAUGGAAACAAAGUUAAAAAGUGAUGGUUCAAAAACUUCACAGCUUCCUGUUGACAUAGAUUUAAUCAGGUGACUGCCGCUUAACCCCGCCCCCAAAAACCAUAUAUUCAUUAGGUCUGAGACUUGAGUCUCUGCUGAGAGUGAUAUAUUAUUCUGACUCAGCGUUUAUGAACGUAUGAAUCUGUUAACGACACAUUUGUGCUGAGUCAUGAUUCUCCAACUGUGUAACAAGUGAUUAUUGUUGAAAUAAACAAACACGACAUGAUUGUUAUUUACACUCGUA